CCGUAGCACAAAGUCUGCACAUUAUGUUGUUAUUGUUUGUAGUUUAACAUCAGCGCGUCUCAUUACCGGAGUUUAAAUGACGAGCCCUUUGCCCUUAGAGGACCGGUGUUAUGUGGGUGUGGAUGUGGGCAGCAGUAGUGUUCGAGCCGCAUUGGUUUCUCAUGACGGACACGUUACAGCCACAGCGGAGGAGCCCAUACACAUCUGGCAGCCUCAUACAGAUCAUUACGAACAAUCCUCAGACGACAUCUGGAGGAAAUGCUGCAGCACCGUGAAGAAAGUGACCGAAGGCAUUGUGAAGUCACGUGUGAGAGGGAUAGGAUUUGAUGCCACAUGCUCAUUGGUGGUUCUGGACCAGAACUUUCAGCCCGUAGCUGUUAAUGAAGACGGUGUCACAGAGAGGAACGUUAUCAUGUGGAUGGACCACAGAGCCAUGGAACAAGCAUCUCGCAUCACAGCCAUGGCUCAUCGAGUCCUGAGCACUGUGGGAGGUGUGAUGUCUCCUGAAAUGCAGCCUCCAAAGUUACUGUGGCUGAAAGAGAAUCUGAGGCAAAGCUGCUGGAAGGAAGCUGCACACUUCUUCGACCUGCCAGACUUUUUAUCCUGGAAGGCAACAGGUUCGUUAGCAAGAUCACUCUGCACACUGGUGUGUAAGUGGACUUAUUCGCCGCUAGACGGUUGGGACGACAGUUUUUUGGCCACCGUCGGUCUCGGGGACUUGACUGAGAAUAAUCAUUCAAAAAUCGGACAGUGGACGUGUCGUCCCGGCAGCCCGCUCGAAAGAGGACUGACUCCGGGGGCAGCAGCGGAUUUAGGUCUGGAGGCGGGAACAGCUGUGGGAGGGUCUCUGAUCGACGCCCAUGCAGGAGGAUUGGGCGUUAUCGGAGCGGAUGUGAGCGGCCAUCACCUGCCGUGUGGAAGUCAGCCAAUCACGUCGCGCCUUGCUCUGAUCUGUGGAACCUCUUCUUGUCACAUGGCUGUGAGCCAGACACCUCUGUUUGUUCCAGGUGUGUGGGGUCCGUAUCUGUCCGCCAUGGUUCCAGACCUGUGGCUUAACGAAGGCGGUCAGAGCGCUACAGGAAAACUGAUCGAUCACGUGGUGACAGGACACGCCGCUUUCUCUCAGUUAAAGGAGCGGGCAGAGAAAAGUGGUGUGAACAUUUACUCAUUCCUGAAUGGAUAUCUCGAAGAAAUGGCCGAAGACCUGAAGAACCCCGACGAACUGACCGCCGGCCUGCACGUGUGGCCCGAUUUCCAUGGCAACCGAUCGCCUCUUGCUGACCAGAGCCUGAAAGGCAUGGUUGUUGGUCUGUCUUUGUCUCAGACGCUGGGAGACUUGGCUCGUCUCUACCUCGCUACUGUACAAGCUACUGCUCUCGGCACCAGACACAUCCUGGAAGCAUUAAGGGAAGCAGGACAUGACAUCACCACCUUGUUCCUGUGUGGAGGACUCAGUAAGAACCCUCUGUUUGUGCAGAUGCACGCCAAUGUGACGGGUUUACCGAUUGUCCUGCCUGCAGAGAGAGAGGCCGUGUUGGUUGGAGCUGCUAUUCUGGGUGCCUGCGCCUCACAGGACUACAACACCAUUCAGGAAGCCAUGGAGAAAAUGGGCAAAGUCGGACAAGUGGUUCGACCUAACCUCGAGCUCGAGAGCUUUUACAGGAAGAAGUACGCCGUCUUCCUGCGUCUCUUUGCCCAUCAAAGAGAGUAUGCGGCGCUGAUGAGUGACUGUCCUUCUCAUGCUGUCUCUGCUGUAAGGAAGUGAAAGUCUGUCUGAAAGCACAGCUACGGUUUCAUCUGUGGGCAUUGGCUCUGUGGCCUUGCUGCUUCUCACGAUGUUUCAAAAAAAAAACCACCAAACCCUGACAGCGGAUGAAUCAAGACCUCUGAUAAUAGAUGUAAGAUUAAAUAAUUGGGUGAAAUCAUCCCUGCUACCUCACCGCCGUCAGCAUGGUGAAUGCUGACGGACGCAAAGACGUGUGUGUGUGCAUGCGCGGGUUUAAACCCGACAGGCUCAAAGCCACAAAGCCAGCCAGUGUUCUGUAAAUCUUUUCAAGCUCACACGAAUCCGCCAACAGCUGAGCGAGGGAUUUUCUUCAAACACUAUAUCCUGCACAUCUUCACUCGCAUCCCAACGCAGCGCUGAUCUGCACUCACAUCCCCUCAGGAGCUGAUUUUCAUCUUCUCUACACUGAAGAUCACAAGUUCUCGUUCACGCAGCUCGAGCCAUGCACUAGUUCAGAUUUAAGUAAUCAUUAAGAUCUCUACUAAUCUCACUGAAUUGAAAUGAGAGAAUCAACAGUUUCAAAUUAUUAAAAUUUCUAAAAAAAAAAAAAAAAAGAAAAACGUCUAUCUCCAUCUUUCUGUCCACACCAGCUCAUUAAGGGUGCAGGGUUAAAGGCCACUUGUUCAGGCAUGUUACAGGAAGUAACAGCUUUAAUUGUAUGUAUGCAUGUGUGUGUGUGUGUGUGUGUGCGUGUUGUUUCCUGUGCUGGUGGUUUUUCUUACAGAAAACUCAUCCACGUUACAGGGUAGAGGUGCAGGGUCACACCAGAGGUGCCACCAGCCAUGAAAGGGUUUUCACAUAAGACAUAAACUGAUGCUUUAAAAU